UUAACAGUGACAUACACCAUCUCCAUUCCAUUUCGUCUCCACUCCCUCGUGUCUGCUCUGUACGGAUCGCAUCACUCUACAGCUUCAGAUCGAUCGAUCGCCGUUUCAUUAGCGAACAGAUGUUCAAAUUCCUGAAAGAUGUGGUGUCUGGAUCUGGUGCGGGCGUGAAGGAUUUGCCGUACAACAUCGGCGAACCCUAUUCAUCCGCUUGGGGCUCCUGGACGCACUCUCGCGGCACCUCUAAAGAUGAUGGAUCACCGGUGUCAAUAUUUUCUAUUACAGGAAGCAAUGCCAAUGACGGGCAUUUAGCUGCUGCACGCAAUGGUGUCAAGCGCCUUCGAACAGUCAGGCAUCCAAAUAUAUUGUCAUUUCUUCAUAGUACCGAGACCGAGAUAUCUGAUGGGUCAUCCACAAAGGUCGUUAUUUAUAUUGUGACUGAACCUGUUAUGCCACUGGCGGAAAAGAUUAAGGAAUUAGGCUUACAAGGAGUACAAAGGAAUGAAUAUUAUGCUUGGGGCCUGUCCCGCAUAGCAAAAGCUGUGAGCUUUCUCAAUAAUGAUUGCAAACUUGUGCAUGGUAAUGUGUGUUUGGAAAGUGUGGUAGUUACUCCAACUUUAGACUGGAAGUUGCAUGCUUUUGAUGCUCUUUCGGAGUUUGAUGGGAAUAAUGAAGUCUCUACAGGACCUAUGUUGCAAUAUGAAUGGAUUGUUGGCUCACAAUACAAACCGAUGGAGCUGGCAAAAUCAGACUGGGCUACAAUCAGAAAAUCUCCACCGUGGGCAAUUGAUUCUUGGGGUUUAGGCUGUCUCAUAUAUGAGAUUUUUACGGGUUUGAAACUAAGCAAGACUGAGGAGCUGAGGAAUACAGCUUCAAUACCAAAGUCUCUACUUCCAGAUUAUCAGCGACUCUUGAGUUCUAUGCCUUCUCGCAGGUUGAAUUCAUCAAAGCUCGUCGAGAAUUGUGAGUAUUUUCAGAACAAGUUGGUGGAUACAAUUCAUUUUAUGGAAAUACUUAAUUUAAAGGACAGUGUUGAGAAGGAUACAUUCUUCCGCAAACUUCCAACUCUAGCAGAGCAGCUGCCUCGUGAAAUUGUUCUUAAGAAGUUACUUCCUUUGCUAGCUUCCGCCUUAGAAUUCGGUUCAGCUGCUGCACCUGCUUUGACUGCAUAUUUGAAAAUGGGUGCUUGGCUUUCAUCAGAAGAAUUCAAUAAAAAGGUCCUACCAACAAUUGUGAAACUUUUUGCUUCCAAUGACCGUGCUAUUCGAGUUGGUCUUCUGCAGCAUAUUGAUCAAUACGGGGAGUCGCUUUCAGCCCAAGUUGUUGAUGAGCAAGUCUACCCACAUGUUGCUACUGGUUUUUCAGAUACAUCUGCUUUUUUGCGUGAACUGACUCUGAAAUCCAUGCUUGUUCUUGCUCCUAAGUUGUCUCAACGCACUUUGUCUGGGUCACUCUUGAAAUAUCUUUCAAAGCUCCAGGUGGACGAGGAACCGGCAAUCAGAACAAAUACCACAAUACUACUUGGAAAUAUUGCUAGCCACCUUAACGAAGGGACACGGAAGAGAGUUCUUAUUAAUGCAUUCACCGUUCGUGCGUUGCGUGAUACAUUUCCGUCAGCCCGAGGAGCAGGUAUAAUGGCUCUUUGCGCAACCAGUUCUUAUUAUGACGCCCAAGAGAUUGCAGCUCGUAUACUGCCAAACGUUGUUGUGCUUACUAUUGAUCCCGACAGUGAUGUUCGAUCAAAGGCCUUUCAAGCAGUUGAACAGUUUUUGCAGAUAGUGAAGCAGUAUCAUGAAAAGACAUAUGUUGGGGAUGGCACCGAGACGACUACAGCUUCAGGAAAUACAUCACUUCCAGGAAAUGCCAGUAUACUUGGAUGGGCUAUGAGUUCGUUGACGAUGAAAGGCAAACCUUCUGAACAAGCUGCGCACGCACCCCCAAAAUCGACCUCACCUCUUGUUUCUGCUGUCUCCAAUGCCAGCUCAGUGGUACCGGAUAUUCAAAGUACGACACUAAUCAGUAGGGCAAGUUCAGGUGUUGAUAGUACUUAUCAUGAUAUGGAUGAUCAACCGGCACCUGUGUCGCCUACCUCCUCAACUGACGGUUGGGGUGAACUCGAGAAUGGUAUUCAUGAAGACCCCGGAAGUGAAAAAGACGGGUGGGAUGAUAUGUUGCCACUAGAAGACGAAAAGCCCUCACCGGCCCUCGCUAACAUUCAAGCUGCUCAAAAACGGCCCGUCAUACAGACAAAAUCACAAGUUUCAAUUCCACGGCCAAAGUCUACGUCAAAUGUGGGAAAAGAUGAAGACGACGACUUAUGGGGUUCAAUAGCUGCCCCACCUCCAAAAGUGGGUGCAAAGCCCUUACACGCGAACCCUAGUGCUACAAUUGAUAGCGAUGAUCCAUGGGCUGCAAUUGCAGCACCUCCACCAACCACCAGGGCCAAGCCUUUAUCGGCUGGUCGUGGCCGAGGAUCCAAACCUUCGGGUCUAAAAUUGGGAGCUCAGAGGAUAAACCGGGCAUCUUCGACUCAAAAGUUCUGAUACAGAAAAAUAGUUGAAAUUCAUUUGACGAUUUAGGUUGAAUAGGUGUAUAUUUGUGGAAAAUAAUGUGUAUCCUUGCAUAUUUUUUUUCAUCUAACUCCCCAUUUUGAAAUCGAAAUUAUUCCAUGCUAGUAAUAGUAAUUAUAUAUGAUAUAUUAAGUUUGGUUUGAGUA